AAAUUCCGGCUUACUGCACUUCUCGUGGUGGUAACAAUUGAUCACCAAAUGGGUCCUUUUUUCUCUGAACAUCCUAAAGUGUUCGUCACACUCUCUCUUCUCCUCAUCCUUUGUAGCUAUCACAGUAACUCUCUCUCUUCAACAUUCCUCACUUUGUUGGUCUUGGCUUUCUCCAUUUCUUUCCUAUUUUACCUUGAUAAGAUGAAACUAUUAUGUAAGCUCAACACUACGGAGAAGCCACCAGAGCUACAGUUUGGUCUGCAGAGUCUGCCACAAGAUGAGAUUGAUCUUGAGGAAAAUAAGGCAACCCAAGAGGGAGAAGGCAAGUUUCCACUUGAUGAAUUAGUCCUCAGGUCGACUAAGUCAUCGUUGGAAUGUCAAGGCCUAAAUGGAGACGAAACAGAUAGGCAUGCAUUGUUGAAUGGUUCAUUUUCCAGUGACAAAGCGGUGUUGGAAAAUCCAAGUCCAUCAGAAUGCUUUACUUGUUCACUCUCUGAUCAUGAGUCUUUGGCGGAGAAUGUGCGUCAGCUUGUGGAAUGCUCUGAAGGUUCAAUAUCAGACGAUGACAACCUCAUUGAGAUCUCAAUCUCCCAUGGACAUUAUGUAGUACCAGAGGAAAGUUCACAGUUAAAGCCGGAGGUGAAAGUAGUUUCCCCGCCAGACUUUUUACCAGAAACAGUGUGCAGGCAACAUGGGCUAAUGGAGCUCUUUCCAGAGAUUAUUGAGGAGGACAAUUUAAUUGAGAUCGACAUUGCUGAGGGUUGCACCAAAUGUUCGAGGAUGGGAAUUAAGUCAUGA